AUUGUCUGUCAAUCUGUUUAGUUAAAGUGUUAAACACCAGCAUCACCAUGGGCGUAAUUGUCUCGUUCCUCUCUCCACCGAUCUUCGUGUCACCAUUUCUCUUUCACUAUCACUAUCUUUGAUAAUGCAAUCCAAAAACUCAAUGAUACAGACAUAAAUCUCUGUGUCAUCUCACAUAGGAGAUUGAGAUUCUCUGAGUCACAUAUAAUUUAAUAUUCGUAGACUGAUUAACCACAAUUGAGAACUGAAGCAACGACUAAUUGAUAUUCGACAAUGCCGGAGUUCGCGUUUCUUGAUCAACAUAAUAGACAGUUACGAUCAAACUACGACGGCGGCGGUGGCGGUGGCGGUAGCGGUGGUAGAGGUGUUAGUCCUGACUCUGUUAUACACUCCGUCGAGUCGAACCUCAGUCUCUUCUCUUCUUCGGCUUCCGAUUAUGCUAGCAUUGAGCGUUGUUCAUCUACCUCCGAUGUCCUUGAUCACGAAUCGUUCGUCUCCGAUAUGUCUCUGCCAGGAGGCUUCCGUGGUUCUUCCUCAGCGAGGAGUUCAGAUCCAGAUCCAAACAAGAAUUCCAAAGUACAUGACAAUGGAGGUCCCUACCUGAUAGGAAAAAGGGUGGAAAAAGCACAAGCUAUAAAAGAAUACACUGAUGCAGAAACUGAUGGAGAUAAUCAGAGCCUAUAUUCAGCAAGAAGCUCCUUCUCUCAUACUACAAAAGAAUGCCAAAACCGGAAGUCAAAGACUGAAAUUCUACUAAGGAAGCCAGACAGAAGAAGACCUGCAUCUUUGGAUCUGAACAAUCAGACGAUGAAUACCAGUAGCUCUUCACCAAGAUUAGGAGAGGCGAUGAAAACCUCCAUUUCAGCCCAUAGAAAUGGCGGCAUGUUUCCAAGCCCAGGAACGCCUAAUUAUCCUGCAAGAACUGGUUUUCAGAAUGGUUGGAGCUCAGAACGCGUGGCUUCACAUACAAGGGGUAACCGGAUACACUCAAGCUUCUCAUUGAUGCCUUACAACAAUGGAAGGACACUUCCUUCCAAAUGGGAAGAUGCAGAGAGGUGGAUAAUAAGUCCAGUUGCUUUAAAGCCUUCAGUUCAACAGCCACAAAGGCGACCAAAGUCAAAGAGUGGACCACUUGGACCUCCAGGGUCUACCUGCUACUCCAUGUAUUCACCUGCAAUUUCUAGUUUUGAAAGAGAAAAUGCCAGGAAUUUUGUCAACGAGUCACCACUUCCAAACAGAGUAAAUGCCAAUAACAAUUCCUUGAUUCAAUACCAAGAUGGGCUUGAAAGGUCAGUCAGUGUACAUGGUUGUUCUCAAGUGUCAAAUCAGUCAUUGUUGCAGAUUACUCAAGAUGAUAAAACUAGUGGUUCAAUGGAUGUUUCCACCAAUGUUUCUCAUGAUAUCUCAAGGAGAGAUAUGGCAACUCAAAUGAGCCCUGAAAGUAGUACCUAUUCAUCUAAGAGAAACUCUAGCUCCAUCUCAAAUUCUAUCCUAUCUGUAGAAGAUUCACAGCAUGUUCGCUCUUCUAAAGCAGAUAUAAGAGAUGUACAGGUAGAUGGUAAGGUGACUUUGACUCGAUGGUCAAAGAAAAGUAAAACUCGAAUUCCAGGUAGGUGGUCAGACAUUCUGGAUGCCAGGUCAGCAGAUUGGGAAGCAUUAGAGAUGACAAAAAGCCUCUCAAAGGUUAAGAGGGAGGAAGCUAAAAUUACUGCAUGGGAGAAUUUGCAGAAGGCAAAAGCAGAAGCAGCAAUACGAAAACUAGAGAUGAAAUUGGAAAAGAAGAGAUCAUCAUCCAUGGAUAGGAUUAUGAACAAAUUAAGAACAGCUCAGAAAAAGGCUCAAGAAAUGAGGGAAUCGAUAUUAUCUAACCAGUCUUAUAAAGUUGCUACAUCUUCACACAAGGCCAUGUCACUCAUCAAGACUCGUAGCCACAUACGUUCCUUGAGUGGAUGCUUUACAUGCCCUGCAUUUUGACAAACCUUUUGCAUCUGGUGUCACCAGAUCAGAAGGAGAGAAAUAAGGUAAGAAGGUGCUGCCAAAGGGAGAGAGAACAAAUGGAUAACUAAGGUUUUUAAUAUACACCUGGCAUAAUCCAUAACUUGCAUUUCUUUUAUAAUUGCAAUGUUGAGGGACUUUAGGAAUUUACUAAAUAAUCGUCCAAGAAGUACGAAGCGACCGAGGAUAGGUCGCGACGCGGGGAUCUAUCCUUGCUAGAUUAUACAUGCUAUAUUAUAUGCUAAUGAUUUAUUCAUGAAUUGCAUGCAAGAAUUACUUGAUUUGUA